AGCGGUCUGAUCUUUGCGCCUUUUGAGCAUGAGCAGCAACUUCUCUUUAGUUCCUGUUAGUUCCCGAAGUUCCUCGUUCCCCUCGCCAGUGCUGGUGCUAAUCAAAAGAACCUAAAAUCUCGCUCGGAAACAGUGAAAAAGUGGUGUAAAACUGGUGAGAAAGUGCGAAAAAGUGCAUCCUUGACCGUGUCAUCCCCUCGUGCUUACAUUUCACAAGCAACACCCUGGCGGGGUGGUGGGAGGGCGCCGUCGGACGGCGUCGGUUUCCGAUCCCCGAGGAUCUUCUUCGAGCGCGACUGCCGCCGAGUGCCGAGUGUUUGCGUCGAGUCGAGUGUUUUGCCGAGUUGGAGUGAGCAAGAGCGCUAGAGCGCUGAGCGGCGGAAAAAUGGCGUCCGAGAACGAAGCCUCCUGCGUGACUGACCCAAAUUUCGCCGUCAUUUGCUCCUUUCUCGAGUGUUUUGGCAAGAGCUGCGGCAUCGAGUAUCCGGCCAUCGCCCAGCUCCAGGAGAUGCUGGAAAACACGCAAGACGUGCCACAGCCUUUAGUAGAUUUGCACAUAAAAUUAUUGCGCAAAACACGAAAGUCGGUGACUGCAGAAAAGUGGGAAAAGGCGUUAGUCAAAUUCUGUCACACUUAUUCUAACCAGGAUGGUUGGGAACUGGAGCGUUUUGGCUACAAGAAAUCUCGGGUUGCUGUGAAAUUGCGCAUACUGAAGGUUCUGCUCGAGGCACAGUUUGACUUUAAUCAGAGAUUCAAGAACGAAGUGAAUAAACAGGCAGCUAGCGAGUUGAGACUGGAACCUCUAGGAAGAGACAAUAUUGGAUUGUCUUACUGGUGUCAACUCGACGAGGAAUGCAACAUUCGAGUUUAUCGCGAGGACUUGGACGAGGAAAACUGGGAACUUGUUGCCAAGGAUCGUCAGGGUAUGGUAAGCCUAAUAAACUCUUUGUCUAAUGGAGAAGCAAUUCCUCUCGAAGAAGACAGCAACAGUCUCGAAACAUUGGAGAAACCUACAAUCGACACAGGACAAGACGAAGAAGAGGAAGUAGAAGAAGAAGAAGAAGAAGUUGAGGAGGAAGAAGAGGAAGAGGAAGAACAAGAUCAACUCGAUGCCGAUUCCGAAGAACAAAAAGUUUCUGAUGAGGAAAAAUCAGAGGAGACUCCAGAAACUGAUCUUGAAAAAUCCCACAAAGUUGACACAAGUCCCGAAACUUCAAACGAACUUCCAGAAAAAGACGCCAGCUUGCUUCCAAAGAAUAAAACAGUCAUCCAGAAUGGUGCGACAGAAGAAUCUAAAUCCGAAGCUAUGUCCGAAAGUGAAAGUUUGAACGAGCCCGAGAAUUUGAAAGAACCCUUGAGUAACUCCAAGCCCGAAGUUCAAAUGUCCGAAAUUAAAAAUCCCGAGGAGACGACAAAGGCUAUCGAGACUUCAGUGAUCACGCCUCUAAAACUGAACAGACUGAAACAGUCGGAGGAGAGUGCCGUGAAACCCGUGGAAGAAACCACCGAUUCCCUGAUGAAGUCAAUGGAAAAACUUUCCGGGAAAAGUAUCUCGCCACCAAUCCCGAAACUCCCAAAAGCCACAAAAUCCCUCGAGAAGAUAGCAGAGACCCUGGCAAAGUCGAACCAAGCGGCGGCCUUGACUCUUGAAGAUCAGCCGCAAGAUUUUUGCGCUCGAUCCGAGAUGCUGAGAAAUCGAGGAGUCGACUUGACAAAUCCCCCGCGAGUCUGGGAAUCUGCCAACGAUCACGACACACCCGUCGACUUCUCCGUGGAUCUCUCGAGUCGCAAGGCUUCUUCGUGCAAGCCCACGGAGCCGUCGGGCAGUUAUCGAAAUCAGGACUUCCAGCACAAGGAGAUGGACCUGAGCACGCGGAAGAACAAACCCGAGGUGGCGUAUGACGCGCGGGCCGUAAUGAUGCGAAACCAAGCGAUGGUGGCGGAUCUGAGCAAGCGGCAAAUGUCCUUUACGAACUACGACAUGUCGUCGGCGGCUUAUCACAGCGCGGGGAGAACGCCAGGCAAAGAGGAGCACCGAUUGCCGAGUUAUAGUAUUGUGCCUGAUCCGAGCAAACUCGCGGCGCUGCGAAUGGGCGUCGGGAUUAAACGCACCCUCGAGCCGGAAGUAGUGUCGCAGAUCGAGCAGAAGCGACUGCGGGCGGAUGUGAUUCCAAUCAGGUCGACGGAGAAGCGAUCGGGAGGAGGAGGAGGGGGACUUAAUCUCGAGUGGCGGGACGGAAUUGGCGAGGCGAUUGAAGAUCCGCUGGUGAUUGUCCAGGGCGAGGGUUCCGGAAGUGAUUGCGAUGCCGUGAAUCCGAUUGUCGAGGAGGCGAUCGAGGAGGCGACUCUCUAUUUCUACGGAGAAGGUUCCGGGCUCGAGUGCGACACGGGAAAUCACGGUGACGAAACAGAGACUAAUAAAGAGAGCAGCGAGAAGAGUGAGGAGUGUCCGGCUAAUAAUGUGAAUAAUAGCGAGAUUGUGAGUGCGGGGAAGUUGAAUAGUUUUAAAACCCCGGAGAGCUUUCAGCCCAAGUUUAAGCCGACUUUAGGCGUUCAGGUUAUCGCGAAGAGUUCGUCGUCGCCGUUGAAGAGGUUAUCGAGGUGGGAUGUGGGCGGGCCGGGGCGUAAUUCUACGGAAGUGGCCGGUGAAGACAUAUCAAAAGGUGGAGUGGAAGGUACUAGAGUUGGUAAUGACCUUGAGUCGGAAAAUUCGGGAAGUUACUCGCCGCCGCGAUUCUUUUUUGGGCCCAAUUGCGUCUCGUACUCGUCGAAAGAAUCGAAAGAUGAGUGCGAUCGAGUCGGAGAGUUGAGUCUCGAGAACGAGACGAAAAAUAAUAAUUUUGGCAAGGAGAGUGAGAGUAAAGAGGGUGUUUGUGAAACGUUGGUUCCUAUUUCUUUAGGUAAAGAGGUGCUUGAAAAUAGAGUUUUGGAAACUGAAGAUUGCUCGCAAGAUUUGCCAGUGGGAGUAGAGAGACCCGGAAAUUUGGAAAAUGAAAUCACUGAUGUUAAAUCGAAUGAAAAUCGAGCGGAAAGAGAAGAUGUAGAUUUGGAAAGUGACUCGAAACCGGAAAGUGAUUCGAAACCGGAAAGUGACUUGAAACCGGAAAGUGACUCGAAACCGGAAAGUAUCGAAGAUGAUUCUCCCGUUAAAGAACCUAAAACCAGGGAAUUUGAGUCAGAACCGCAGGAAGCGGAGGUUCAAAAUGCCGAUGAAGGUUCGAAAAGUGUUGGAUGUGCAGAUUCGGUAAUUACAGACGAUGUAAAUUUAGAUGAAUCCAAACCCAGUCCGGAAAGUAGUAAAGGAGAAAUUGAAACCCUGGAAGAAAAUAGAAAAGAAAUUGAGACAUCAGAAAACCCGGAUCAAGGGAAUUUUGCUGCUCAGGAUUUUACGGAAGAUCGAGAUUUUGAAGAUCAAGAUAGUAAUUUGACCAAAGAUGUGGAGAAUACGAUUGAUUCCAAUAAUCCUUUAUCCGAGAAAAGUACCGAAAGUCGGGACAGUUUAAAAGUAGAGGAAAAUUUGGCAGAAACUGAACAGGAUUUUUCGGAGGAUGAAUUUGGUGCCGAGAUUCAAGCAGAUGUUUUAAAAGCGGAAGAGGAAUUGAAUAGAGAAGAUUUGGAGGAUGAGGAAAAGACGAGGGCGGUAGAAAUGGUUUUUGAUAAAGAGGAAGAAAAGGUAUUUGAUAAAGAAGAAGAAGAAAAGGAAUUUAAUGAACAAGAAAAGGUAUUUGAUAAAAAAGAAGAAGAAGAAGAAAAGGAAUUUGAUGAAGAAGAAAAGGUAUUUGAUAAAAAAGAAGAAGAAAAGGAAUUUGAUAAAGAAGAAGCAAUGUUAGAACAAGAGGAAGCCAAAGUAGAAGAAGAUGAAACUGAAAGAGAAGAAGCGAAAACCGAAGAAGCGGAAGUUAGGGAUGAAGAAAAUUUGGAGGAAACAGAAUUUGGUAAAGAAGCGGAAGUUAGAAAUGAAUCAAAUUCGGAGGAAACUGAACUUCAUAAAGAAGAUUCGGAACUUGCUAGGAAUGAACCCAAUUUGGAGGAAACUGAACUUCAUAAAGAAGAUUCGGAACUUGCUAGGAAUGAACCAGAUUUGGAGGAAACUCAACUUCAUAAAGAAGAUUCGGAACUUGCUAGGAAUGAACCAGAUUUGGAGGAAACUGAACUUCAUAAAGAAGAUUCGGAACUUGCUAGGAAUGAACCAAAUUUAGAGGAAACGGAAUUUAGUGAAGGAGAACCGGAAGAUGAUAAAGAUAAAACAAAUGUGGAGGAAACUGAAUUUUCUAAAGAAGAAUCGGAAGUUAGAGCUGACAAAAUUGUAGAGGAGUCUGAAUUUGAUCAAGAAGAACCGGAAGUUGUUAGAAAUGAAACUAAUGUCCAGGAAACUGAAUUUGGCCAAGAAAAAUCGGAAGUUAGAGCUGAAACAAUUGUAGAGGAACCUCAAUUUGAUCAAAAAGAACCGGAAGUUGUUAGAAAUGAAACUAAUGUGGAGAAAACUGAAUUUUCUAAAGAAGAAUCGGAUGUUUUUAGAUCUGAAACAAUUGUGGAGGAACCUGAAUUUGAUCAAGAAGAACCGGAAGUUGUUAGGGAUGAAACUAGUGUCCAAGAAACUGAAUUUGGUCAAGAAAAAUCGGAAGUAGGACAUGAAAAAAUUGUAGAGGAAUCUGAAUUUGAUAAAGAAGAACCGGAAGUUGUAAAAGAUGAAGAAACUGUGGAAGAAACUGAAUUUGCUAAAGAAGAAUCGGAUGUUUCUGAUUCUGAAACAAUUGUGGAGGAACCUAAAUUUGAUGAAGAAGCGGAAGUUGCAAAAGAUAAAGAAACUGCGGAGGAAACUGAAUUUGCUAAAGAUGAAUCGGAAGUUUUUAGAGCUGAAACAAUUGUCGAGGAACCUGAAUUUAAUAAAGAAGAAUCGGAAGUUAUAAAUGAACCAAGUGUGGAGGAAACUGAAUUUACUGAAAAAUCGGAAGCUCUCAGAAAUGAACCGAAUAUCGAAGAAACCGAAUUGGCUAAAGAAUCUAAUUUGGAAGAAAGAAACCUGCCGGAAAUGGACCUUGAAGACAACUUGGCCGAAACAAAUCUAGCUGAGAAUGAAGCAAAUCAAGAGGAAGGUAUGGAAGCAAGUUCGGAAGUUUUGUCACAAAAUACGUGUGAAGAAUUGAGCCAGGAAGUGGACAAUGUCAGUUAUGUUGGCACAUCAACCGAAGAAGCUUUGCUGGAAAGUGAAAAGCAGCGCUCAGAACUUGACGUUGAAGAUAUGGCAGAAUCGGAAAGCGCAGAUUUGGAAAUUGACUUCAAAGAAAGUUUAAAUCCCCAAUUGUCUUUGUCAGAAUCUGAGAAACAAGAAGCAAUGCAGCAAUCAAACCCAAUUCAGGUGGAAAAUUCUGGACAUUCAAAAAUUUUGGAUGCAGCUGAAAUCUUGGAAAAUACUGAAUCUCCCGAAGAGAGAGAAGUUUCUUCGGGAAAUUUGGAAGAUGUAGAUAUGGGAGCCGAGACUGAAGGAGAAAAUAAGGUUGAAUCUUUGCCAGGUCUUCCAGAGAAUUCGGGAGAAUUGAAUCAAGAAAAUUUGGAAUCUCAACCGACAGUUGAAAGUAAAACACUCGCUGAAAAUGACGAGAGUAAUGAGAUUGAGAGUGAUGACGAGUUUCAUGAUAACUUGGAAGGUUGCGAAGCUCAGGAUGAGAAAGAAAAUUCAGAAGAUGAUGAUAAUUUGGAAGAUCGAGAUGAUUUAGAAGAGCAAAAGAAAGUUGAGGUUGAAAUAAGUAAGGAAUCGGCUACUGAGGGUCAGGAAGAGUUGUGCAAUGACGUAGAGGAUUUAUCUAAAUCUGAAGAAAUUACUACCAAAGAUGUUCCUGAUGUCUCGAAAUCGAGUCUUACUAAAGAAAAGGAUUGCGUGGAUGACACAAUUAUUGAACCAACUGAGAGUGUUUUAGUUGAGGACGAAAAACUUGAAGAUCAAGAAGAAAUUGAGACUGGAAAGGAAAUUGAAACUGAAAAGCGAAUUGAAAGUGAACCAGAAACUGAACAAGAAAUUGAAGAUCUCCAGGAAAUUAAGGAUAACAGUAACAUCGAAGAAUCAAAUGAGAAUUUUGGUCAAGAAAAAAGUCUUCCUGAACUUGAAAACCAGGCUUUCAUCGAAUCGGACAAAGAUUUUUGCAACAGAGUCGAGAAUAUUUCCGAAACGACGGAUAAAAUAAUUGAAGAAUCUACAGCAGAAGAGGUAGAAAUGGAUUCCAAAGUUGAAGAUCCGAUUUUGGAGACUAAUGUAGAAAUUGAUGCUGCAGCUCAAGAAAAUUUGAAAUCCGAAAAUGUCGAAAAGAUUUCCGAGAAAGUAAAAUUGAUCGUCUCGGAGAGUAUUGAACUGGCUGACGAUUCCGAGGAUCAAGAGGCAUUCAUCGAAUCUGGAAAAGUAGAUGAUCUUUGCAGUCAAAUUGACGAUACAAUUUCUCAAAAGACUGAAGAGGAAAAUCCUUCCAAUGAAAUUGUAAAUAGCGAGCCGGCCAAAAUUGACGAAGCUUCACUUCCGCCUGAAGAACAAGAGGAAAAAGAGGUUUUACCUAUUGGAAAAGUAAACGAGGAUUCGAAAAUUGAUGAUAAAGAAAUGCAAGAUGUUGGAGAAACUGCAGAUAUUUCAAAAACUGAGCAAGUUCCGGAAACUGAGGUUGAAAGUAUCUCGAGAUCUAAAGUUUCUGAAAUUGAAGAGGUUCCGGAAGUUGAAAAAAGUCUAGAUUCAGUACCUGUAGAAGAAAACGAUAAAUCGGAUAGUCUGCAAAAUGAACUCCAAGAACAGAAGACAAAGGAAUCAGAAAACCCGGAAGAAUCGCUUCAAAAUACAAAUUACAAUCAAGAAAUACAAAAAUCUCCAAACCGAAAGUCUUAUACUUUACAUGACGAUGAUGGCCGCGAAGAUUCAAACCCGAUUGUUCGUCCUUCGAAAAGAAGAAAGGAAAGCGUUGACGAGCCGACGGAGGAAAUACGUCCAAAAGAAGUGCCUAGUCUUCCGAAAUUGCCGAAUUCGAUCACUGUCUUCCACAAAGAUAAAACUCUCAGUGAAAAAGAUUCCAACUCCCUCGUCGACGAUUUGACUUUUGAGAAAUCGAAAGGAUUGAACGAGAAUGUAAAAGAAACUGUCUGCAUAAAGGCAAUCACGUCCGAAGUGACUUUGGAGAGGGUUGUGCAUAAAAAGGAGUCGAGAAGGGAAGUGAUCAAAAGGGCUGGAGUCGUUUUAGACUCGGAUAGUCCACCUGCCAAACUGAAGCCUCCGAGUGAUGAGAAAAAACGAGAUAAUGAAGAGAGGGUGAAUCUGUUGGAGAAGGAAUCAGAAAAAAGCGAAGGUAUUGUUGUGGGAAAUCUCAGGGUUGCUGAAGAAUCUAAGGUAGCCAAGAAUGCUACUUCCGUUUUCGACGAUUUAAAAUCCACCGAGAAGAAAAAUGAGACGAAAGAGCAAACAGAUGCCAACACAAUUACACUUGAAUCUGAUGACUCGAUGCCCUUUGAUUCCGAGUGUACUUUCAAUCCUCCGGAAGAUGCGGAUCCUCUCUCUCAUGCAGAACCUGCGAAACCUGAUGAAUCUUCUAAAGCGAAAGCUGAUGAACCUUCGGAAGCUAAAACUGAUAAACCUCCGGAAACGAUUCCUGAAGAGAAACCCGCGCCCGUUCAUCGAAUGAGCAUCCGCGUAAAGUCCUUCACCGAGCUCACAGGUAGAAAACCAGACAGUCCAAAGCCAGAAAGUCCAAAACCAGAGAGUCCGCCGCCAAGAAUUUCUCGAAAGCGGCGCAAGGAGAUGGAGGCAGCCGUGGAGGUGAAGAAACCCGUGGAGGAGGAGGUUCAAGAGGGCAAGCGAAUGCGACUCCGGGGACGGAGAAUUCCUGAUCUUCAGUUGAGAAAGUCCGUGGAAGAGAGUCGAGUGAUAGCGAUCAGUUCCGAGGAUGAGGCGGGAAAGAGCACUCCCGUGAUUGUCAUUCCCGAAGAGAUCAAAGAGAGCGACGACGAUGUUGUGAUUGAGAACGAGGUGGUUUCGAGAAAGCCGCGAGGAAGGCCUCGUGGGAGAAAAUUGCGAGGCGGAUUGCGCGGGCGUUACACUUCGAAAAUUCUCGAUUCUCAGGAAGUUGUCGAGCCUGAAUCCGAGGAACCGGAACCGGAGAUCAUAGAAGAGAAAGUUGCCGAGCCGCCUCUCGGGCGAAGAACGCGGAAUUUGAGAUUGCAGGGGAAACCUCCGGAAAAGCCGCAACCGGAAAAGCCAAAGGAGAAAGUGCCACCGGGCAAGUCUCAUAAGAAAAAAGUGCAGCCGGAAGUGGAAAAGUCGCAGGAACGAAGGACCCGGAAUUUGAGAUCGCAAGAAAAGUCGCAGAAGGAAGAAAAGCCUCGGAAAGAAGAGGAAGGAGCGAGAAAAUCAAAGAAGCAAGAAAAGUCUCAGACUGCGGAGCCAGAGGUGGUGGAAAUUUCCGGAAGUAUGGAUUCGAAGAAGAAGUCGCAGAAGGAGGACAAGUCGCAGAAGGAGGACAAGUCGCAGAAGGAGGAAAAGUCGCAGAAGGAGGACAAGUCGCAGAAGGAGGACAAGCCGGAGAAGGAGGACAAAUCGCAGAGGGAAGAGCCAGAGGUGGUGGAAAUAUCCGAGUCAGCUGAAAGUACAGAUUCGAAGAAGAAGAAGAGAAAGAAGAAUCGAAUGGUGCUGGGAUUAAUGAUCGGUCGAGAUAUUGUUGAUUCAGUGGAUGAGAUGCCAGUGAGACAGUCGCGUAGGAUAGCGCAGCUGAAAAUUAAGGAAGAGGCGGACAAGAGGAGAAACGAGGAAGACGAUCAGCCUUACAAGGGUUCGAAGAAAUCGGAGGAUUCGCCGGACAAGAAGAAGCGGAAGAAGAAGCAGCAGGAGAGUGAGGAGGAGCCGGUGAUUAUCAAGGAGGUGGAGAAGGAGCCGAAGAAGAAGCACAAGAAGAAGAGGAAGAGGGGGAGAAAGGAUAAGAGGUUCAAUGAAUCGAGGCCCUGGGAGAGUUCGACUGACUCGAGUAGUGAUGAGCACGAAGUGGAGGAGGAGGAGGAAGAGGAGGAGGAGAGCGAUGGAACCGUGGCAUUGAAGAGCGAUCAUGAAUUCUCACCGGAGAGUGACUUGGAGAAGGAUGACGAGGCUGAGCCGAUGAGGCGGGCAAGAACCGCCAGAAAAUCACCUGGUGAUGAUGUUGAAGAGGAGGCGGAUGAUGAGUAUGCUUGUCAAAAGUGUGGAAAGGCUGAUCAUCCGGAAUGGAUUUUGCUCUGUGAUGGCUGUGACAAGGGCUGGCACUGCUCCUGUCUCAGGCCCGCUUUGAUGAUAAUCCCCGAAGGCGAUUGGUUCUGUCCACCCUGUCAGCACACCUCCCUCGUGACGAAGCUCCAGGUGCGACUCAAGGAGUUUGACACGCAAUCGCGAAAGUACGAGAACGAGGUGCUGCGCAAGAAGCGUCUCGCGUUUGUUGACAUCAGUCGGGAGAAUCUGCUGAAGAAGAGUGGUGAGACGACCAAGAGGUCGGAAUCGGAGGAAUUGUCCUCGUCGAGUUCGGGAUCCAGCUCGGGUAAUUCGAGCAGUGAGGAGAGCGAGCCGGUCUAUCAGUUGCGGGAGCGAAGGUGCGCAAAUACGUAUAAAUUCAACGAGUACGAUGAUAUGAUUAAUGCGGCGAUUCAGGAGGAAGUUGAUGCAGUUCAAGGUGCGGGUAAUCAAGGGAGAGGGAAGGAUAUCGCGACUAUUGUGAAUGCGGAGAAGGAGGAGGCUGAGGCCGAGGCCCUGAAGAAGCGGAUGCAGGAUGAGAAUGAGAAAUCGGACAAGUCGGGUAAGGAGAGUGAUGAGGAGUAUCGGGAGGAGAAGGGCGAAGAUGGGGAGGAUGAUGAUAGGGAGGAGGAGGAGGAGGAUGAGGAAAAGAAGAAAAAAGUUGCUGUGAGGAAACAGCUGACGAGGAAGAAGCACAGGAAGUUGAAUAGUCUUGAUGUGAGCAGUGAGGAUGAUCCUUUCAGCGAUGAGGAUUUUCAGGGAUCCGAGUCGGACGAUGAUGACGAUAUGGAUGAUAGAAAUAGUUCCUCGGACGAGUCUUAUUCUUCGACGAGGAGGAGAGGUAAAAGAGGCGAGAAGUUGGCGGUGAGGAGGUCGACUAGGGCGAGGACAACACGUUACGAUGAAGAAUUCAUUAAUGACAACAGUGAUGACAGCGAUCGUCCGAAGAGAAAGAAAAAUAGGGGAUGGGACAAUGAUUCGGAAAGUGUGGACAGUGAUAAUUCUUGGAGGCAAAGGAAGAAGAGAAGUAGAACGAUACCGUCGAGACAUCGAGUGCCGCCUAAAUCAAAAUCAAAAUCCAAAAAGAAGAAGAGAAAGCGCAUCAUUGAGAAUUCUGACAAUCAGAGCGAUAAUGAAGAAGAGGAACAAAUACGAGCAAUUGGUGAAGAAGUCGAAAAUGCCGAAGAAGAAACAACCCCGGCUCCUCUUUCUUAUGAAGCAGAUAAAGUGGCAGAAGAAGAAGAGGAGGAGGAGGAGGAGGAGGAGGCUGAUUCACCGUCUGAAAAAACUCCAGUGACUCCAGAAGCGCCGUCAGAAACGGGAGAAAGUAAAGAAAUUGCGGAGACUGCGGAAAUUAAAGAAACUGCUGAGACUACAGAAACUGCUGGGACUGAACAGGUUGUGGAAAAAGAGACUUUGCCAGUUCCCGAAGCCGGGUUUUCUGCAAAAUCAAUCGUGCCACUCGAAGAAGUUCCUCAGGAUCCUGUUUUCACUGCAAAAGAAGUCGAGGAGAGAGCUGAAGAGCCGGAGAAAGAAGUGUUUGUGCCUCUUAUCGAAGAACAAGCGAAAAAGAGGAAAAAGGAGGAUGCGCCAAAGCAGAAGAAAAUCAGGCGAAAGAUUAUAUAUGGUGGUUUACCGGACGAAAAUGCGAUGCAGGAGGAGGAAAAUCUCGGGAGAAGAACUCGAGGUCGGAAGAUAAACUACCAGGAAGUAAUGGCAUCCGAUAGUGAGGAGGAGCUGAAGAAAGCCCUGAGGAAAACGGAAGAGAGCGAAGACGAGUUCGUAGUAAACGUGAACGAGGAGGUGAACGCGGAUGCUGAGAACGAUUCAGGAGACACGUACUCUCCGAAGAAAGACGGUGUCAAACCAAAAGUCAAGUCGCCUAAAAUGAAGAAGCAAAGAAAAAGCAAAAGCCCAGCCGGCAAGAAGAAGAUGUCGGACGACGACGGGACGCCAAAACCGAGAAAAAAGCCGGGUCCAAAGCCCGGGAGUAAAAAUCGACCAAGAACCUCGACCUCCUCAAACCUAGAAUUGACGCCUCUCAUGAGAUCAAUGGAUGAGGAGGAGAUGUUUAAGGGGGUGGAUGUGGAAGCGAUGGCGAAUCCGAUGGAGGCGAUGCAGAAAGACGGGAUCUCAAUGCACGGGGCGAUCUCGGUUUCUGGUUCAGUGACUGGAGAUGUCACUGAAGGUUCGCUGGUUGGAAUCGGACCCGGAGAACUCGCCGAACUUGACGACGAGCAGCUCGAGCAGAUGAUGAUGGAGGAUGAGGAAUACGGCAGGCGGCAGCUUGAGCUAGCCGCUAUUGAGAUUGCGAAAAAGAAAAAGAAGGAGGAGCGAGAGGCGAAAAAGAUGGAGAAGGCUCGUCUGAAGGCUUUGGAAAUUCUUGCGGCUGAACGUGAGAAUGCGCCCGACCUGGACGGAGAGGCGCCGAAGAAGAAGAAGCGCGGACGGCGGAGCAAGGCGGAAAUUAUAGCGGAGCAGAUGAGAAGAGACGGAGCUGCUGAUUUGGGACUUCCAGGAAUGGCUUCGAUGGGAACACCCGACAUGGCGCCUGGUGUUUCUUCCAAUUUGACGUCGCCGAUGUCCUCGAUCAUGGCCUCGGAAGAGGGACUGUCUUCGAUGAUGCCGGGAGCCGAGUCAAUGAUGCCUGGGGCGGAGUCAAUGAUGCCAGGGGCGGAGUCAAUGAUGCCGGGAUCCGAGGGUCAGCUUUUCAGUCCAGAGGGUUCACCGAUGAAGCCGAAAAGAAGAGGCCGCGGCAAGGGUAAGAAGACACUUGCGCUGGAAGCGGCUCGAGCUGCGGAGGCAGCGGCAAAGGCCGCUGCCGAAGGUGGCGUCAUCGGCAUGGGCACCGAUUCGAAUCUCUCAUCUAAAUAUGACGAUAUUCCAAAUGUACUUCCUACUCCAGGUAGCAGCACAUCCGGAUCGGCACCCUCGACGCCUCCAGCCACUGGAGCGACCAUGCAGGGAUCAUCACCCUCGACGCAGCAUUCCAAUUCUUCCCAGGUUUACUCCCAACAGUCUCUACCACCUAGUCAACAGUCUUCCGUAAUCACGAGGAUGCUCCAAUCUCAAUCAGUCGGUGGCAGUCCGCAGUCGUUCACAGCAGCUGCAGCUGCAAUGGGCCACAAAUACUUUGGCGUGCCGAGUCCCGGGGGCCAAAUGAUUGGCGGUCCCCGAGCUGGCUACGAAAUGCAAUCACGAGGCCGAAUUCCAUCACCCUACCGGCAGGUCGGCCAAUCUUCCAUGCCACCACAUUUUGCCGCCGUUCGCUCGGGCACACCACCCAUGAGACUCCGGGUGCCCGGACCUCAAAUGUAUCACACCUCGCAUCAUCCCAUGGAUCCCUCGCCCUCGGGCGGCGGUCCCAUUGCCAUCAACAAUCGCGAUCGCAGCUCUCCUCUCGGCCACGUGCCCGGAAUGAUUCCGCCCACCGCUGGAAGUCCCCUCGCGAAAGGUGGACCAACGCCACCUCCGCCGCCUUACGUCCGCGGACCGCCGAUGUCCAGGUUCCCUGAGAAUCCGCAACUCGGCGUCCGACACCAGAUGCCGCCCUUUGCGGCCUCUCCCGGCAACCACUCGAUGCAGCAGCCCUCGCCUCCACCUCGACCCCCGGGUAACUUCUCACCCUAUCAUCCGCCGCCCCCUCCCAAUUAUCACUAUGGUGCCUAUCCACCGCCUCCACCAAUGACCACGGCCGACGACGCCGCCGCCUACCAGGGCUCACCAUAUCCGGCCGAACACUUUGCAACGUCUGCCGAGAAUCAACCGAUUCAGGCACCAGCGGCACCGCAAACUCAGCAGCAGCCUCAUCCACAUCCACAUCCGCAGCAGCAUCCCAACGACGAGGAAGGCUCUGGGGAAUUUGGCGGUCUCGUAUCCUAUUUCAGCAGUCAGCGCGAGGACGAUCUUGAGUCGUAGCAAGAGUGAGAGCUUGGCCAACCCUGUGACCACCACCUGUCUUACUGACUUCUUCAUUUUCGAGAGUCGGAGGAUCUAGAGUCGGUGUUGUGAUGAUGUAGUUUCUUUUUUUGUUUUUUUUUUUUUUUUCAUUUUGGGACUUUUGACGCGUCUUUUUAAGCGGCUUUUAUACCGAGGUAGACUACUUCCAGUUGUUGUCGGCAUGUGAUAAAACAAACGAACUUUGAUACUGGGAAUUUGAUACACUAGGAUAAUUGACGCCUUCUCUGCCUCCAGUCUCUGCAGUACAUUUUUUGUCCGUAAUCUGCAUCUAAAGAUUGCCUUUGAGGGGGUGUUGUGUUGCGAAGCGGGCACAAAAGUAGCGUUUUUCCACACGGAGACUUAUUAAAUGCAGGAAAAGAAGAAGGCACACUUUCGGUCCGGCUGGAAGAAGACAAAAAUGUUUGCGUUCACGGACAAGACCCCCCCCCCCCCCCCC